AUGGGGAAUGAUCCAGAUAUGAUACAGGAUGUACUAGUAAAGCUUUCAGAUGUGUUUCGCAUUCGUGACCUUGGCAAACCAAGGUUUUUUCUAGGUAUUGAAGCCAUUGAUAAGGCCGGCAGUCUAGUGCUAUCUCAAAAGCGCUACAUGACUGAGCUCCUACGGAAGGCGGGCAUGGAGUCCUGUAAACCCCUGGCCACACCCAUCGCUGUGGCUGCUCAGCACACGACUACGCCUUCAGCUGCUCUUGAUGAUCCCAUGCCGUAUCGACAACUUGUUGGUUCGCUUAUGUAUUUGUUAAUUACACGCCCAGAUUUGGGUUAUGCUGUUAACAGGCUUUGUCAAUUCAUGCAUGCCCCGACCCAAGAAAACUGGGUGGCGCUCAAGCGGGUCCUGCGUUACAUCCAGGGUCCCAAUUUACUGUCUUGGGUCUCUAGGAAGCAGCGUACGGUGGCCCGCUCUUCAACCGAAGCUGAAUACAAAGCCCUAGUUGACGUUGCGGCCGAGGUCACGUGGAUUCAGUCUCUGUUAGGAGAGCUUGGGUUGUUACCGAACACGGUUCCCAUCCUAUGGUGUGAUAACCUCGGCGCCACCUAUUUGUGCCCAAACCCGGUGUUCCAUGCACGGACGAAGCACGUUGAAGUCGACUAUCAUUUUGUCUGUGACAAAGUGGCCAAGGGUGCGCUCAAGGUUAAUUUUGUCUCAACGCACGACCAGCUUGCUGAUAUAUUCACCAAGCCGCUAUCUGCUGCUCGUUUUAGUGACUUACGUUGCAAGCUAGGCGUGGUUCCCUGCCCCCCGCCUGUUUGA